AUACUGAGAUUAUUCCCAAGGUAAGUGAUGAAAUCGAUAUUAGCGAAACUAGGGUCAAGGAUCCAUUACACGGUAAUAACAACAAUAUACUUCAAGAAAUACCGAAUAUAACUCCGCACCUUGCACAACCGGAAAAUAAUAUUAAUAUGUCCUCUUUGAUUGAAUCGCAUCCUCAGAUUCCGAUAGGAGGAGAAGAAGCAAUCCCUGCUGUGGCAAGUACAUUGAUGUCACCUCUAUUAGCAUGUAUAUUACUUGCUCUGUUAAUUAUUGCCGUUAUAUGGUUCGUGGUGAGACGCACGUGGAAUAUAGGUAGGCUCAAAGAGCCAGAAUUCAAAGGGUCGCCUUAUGGCUCGCUCCGCAAUAAAAAAGUGAUCGGCUAUGGGAUACGUGGAUCCGAUAACAGGCUUUGUAAGGAACCAUCAUCGCCAUUAUAUACAGAUUGUAUUGUUACACACUCCUUUAUGGUAGUAGGGAUGAGAUUUCGCGGUGGUCAUAAGUUUAAGAAAUCAGAUAACAUCACUCUUGAACCGGAGCCUUCUAAUACGUAUGAUAAGAAUGCGAUAAAAGUUAUGGUAGAUGGUAUCCAUAAAGCCUAUGUGGCAAAGGACGAAAAUGUAAGUAUAGGAGAUUUGGUGAAAAAAUACCCGAAUUAUCGGAUUACUGCUCAUGGGAAAAAGAACUAUAACAAAUCAGCGUCUUUAAACCUUGAAUAUCCCUGGAUGGUUUGUGAGAGAUGUCGCGAUACGCUACAAGCAUCGAGGGACUAUGACUAUAGUUAUUGGUGA